GACACACACUUCUCAUUUUGCCCAACAUGCUGCUGAGAAUCAGAACGAAGAUGAAAAACACAGUAGCAUGUUAGCUUUUAGAGGUUGGGGAUUUCAAGCUUGUUUAUCUUACAAUCUGUUCAGGAUGGAAUUUGAAGAAGCGGAAGAUGAAGAGUGGGAUACUAGAAAAUACUCGUCCAAAAGUAAUGCUGCAAAUGGUUGCAUGAUGAGGUGGCUGCUCAAAAUGGGAGUCUGUGUUGGAAAGAAGAUCUUAGUGGCUGGUUUCAUAGCUUCAGCUGCUCCUGUGCUUGUUCCACCUCUUGCGGUGGCUUCUGUUAUUGUCAUUGCUCUUUCUAUGCCUUAUGCAGUUUUCUUGGCUAGCUAUGUAUGCACUCAGAAUUUAAUGAGUAAAUUGCUCCCUAGGCCUACUCUCCAGAAUCCCCCAUUGCUUAAAAGGAUAUGUUUUAAGCAGGGUGGUUGUGAUGAUAUGCAGAUAUAUAGAGAGGAACAAGCCCUUGUAGAUGAAGCAAAGAGAGACAUUGAAAUCGAUGGUUUUGGUAUGAAGAAUGGAGAAAAUGUGACAGUGGGGAGUGAGUGUGGUCCACGAGAAGAAGAUGCCACUGAUGGAAUUGAGGAAAACUCACCAGGAGAAAAUAAUGGAGUGCAAGUGCAACCAUUUAGUGAGGACUAUGAAGAAUUUAAGACUUUUGAGGUUAAAACUUUGUUUUUACAUGAAUCCCAGGAUCAGCCCAUGGAGGGUGAUAUAGAGGAAGCAGAGUUACAAAGAGAAACAAAGGGACUGUUAGAAAAAAUUAGAGAUGAGGGUAGAACUGAUAAGACUAGGGAGAGAGGAGAAUAUGCAGAAGGAAUAUGUAGAGGGGCAGAUGAAAGGGGUAAAAGAAUUGGUUCUGUUGAAGAUAUGGAAGAAUCAUUGGCAGAAGAAGCUAGUACCAUUGGGGAAACUGGAGAAGACUUGAGAAAGGAAGAAGAUCCAAAUCUACGGGAGGAGAUGCUUCAUUCAAGAAAUGAUGAAAAUAUGGAUACCAUGUUAGAAGGAAAAGAAUUUGACACCACAAAUGAUUCAAGGAAGUCAUUGGCUGAACCUUCUGAACUACUGAUUCCAGCUGAACCAAUUGAAGCUUCACCAAUUGAAGUAAUGGUUUAUAACAUUCAAAUGGAUGAGAACUCUUCUCAGGACUCAGAAAAUCAAGAAUCUCAUAUGCAUGAGUUAAAUGAAAGGAUGUACUUGGAAGAUGCAGAAGCUAGAGAAAUUGCUAAUGAAAGUGCACAUGAUUUGUUUGAUGGAAAACAGAUAGACCCUGAUGAGAAGACAUACACAAUUGAUUUGCAUGAAGAAUCUUCAAUUAUUGGCAGACGCACAGAUUCUAUGGAAGUUCUUGUUUCCUCUGUAGAACAAGAGUCUUGGCCAUCUGAAUGCUCCUCUGAAGAAAACAUUAUCUCUUCUUCUGAAGAGGUAGUAUUGGGUGAUGAGAAGAUGUGGAAAGAGAUUAAUGUGAUAAGGAAGAUAGUAGGAUAUGAAGGUAGAAAGGAAGCAUCAUGUGCAGAUGAAUUGAAGGCUCUUUACAUCUUCACUGGAGUUGAGCCUCCAACAUCUCUCAAUGAGAACUCCAUCCACCCCUUAGAAAUCAAGGAGAAACUCCAAUUUCUUAUGUCCAUCCUUGGAAUUAAGCCCAACAUGACUUAGAAUGUAACACAUUUGUGUUUUGUUUUCUGCAUAUUUCAGUCAAUUUAAACAAGUUCCUUAAAAUGAAGGAUAUUUUUUAGGAUUCCCUAGGUAAACUUAUUAUACAAUGUCUUAAUCUUAAUUGUUUCCAUGUUUACUGUCCUA